UUGCCAACCCUAAAGUAUCACUCAUGCGGAUCACUGCAGCGUGUUUUUAUUUACAUUUGGUAACAAAUUAUAAUCCCACCGCAUUUUGCCAUUUUCCGUUGACAUGAACCAUAACAAUAAGAGCCAGACCAAUUUUAGAGCAUUCUGGCCUCUGCCCUCCACACGAGCACUCACCUCCCAUUAACCAUAGCCAUAUAAUCCAAGCAAUCACACCACUUUUUUCCAUGGCAGAAAGCAGCACCACUGCCGGUACCAGCAACUUCAAUAAUGGAUCACUUAUUGAUAACUUGGCUCCAGACGAUCUUUUUGCAAUCUUGCUUUUACUGCCUAUAGAGUCAAUUCUAUCUUUUGCCAUGACUUGUAAGAAAUUCAGGUUUCUGGCAAGUUCUAAUUCUCUGUGGGAGUCCAUAUGCAGGAGAGAUUGGGGAACUACUGCUGUAGAUGCCCUCAAGUCUUCUUGUCAUGGUGAUGAGGAUCAUCGGCUCCUUCCAUGGAUUAGGCUAUACAAGCAGGUCUCUCGGCUUGACUUGGUUUGUUGCUACAAGCUCUCUGACCCAGAUCCUGAUUUGAUGUUGCCAAGUCCCAGAGCCUCUCACUCUCUCAAUUUUGUGUCUGGUUGCCUGGUUUUGUUUGGUGGCGGCUGUGAAGGAGGACGCCAUCUUGAUGACACUUGGGCUGCAUACAUUGGUAAUAAUUCUCGGAGGAUGUUGAAGUGGCAGAAGAUUCAUUCAGGUAUCCCAAGUGGGAGAUUUGGGCAUACAUGUGUUGUCAUUGAAAAUUAUCUUGUUCUGUUUGGAGGAAUCAAUGACCGGGGGGAUCGUCACAGUGAUACAUGGGUGGGGCAAGUAGCAUUCCACGAGAGCCUUGGUAUCUCAUUGUCAUGGAGGCUGCUAGAUGUGGGGUCAAUAGCACCAACUCCUCGUGGAGCUCAUGCCGCAUGUUGCAUAAGCAACAGGAAGAUGGUCAUUCAUGGAGGAAUUGGUCCAGAUGGCGUCAGGUUGGGUGAUACAUGGGUUGUAGAACUCUCAGAAAAUCUUCGUUUUGGAACAUGGCAUGAGAUUGUGAUUCAUCCCUCACCUCCUGCUCGUUCAGGACAUUCAUUGACACGCAUAGCGGAAACACAAACAAUUCUAUUCGGUGGGAGAGGAUUGGGUUAUGAGGUGCUCAAUGAUGUCUGGCUCUUGGAUAUGUCUGAAGGUUAUUCGAAAUGGGCACAAAUAUUUUAUGAAUUGCAAAGCAUACCAGCAGGAGUUUCCCUCCCACGAGUUGGCCAUUCAGCUACAUUCAUCUUAGGAGGACGACUGCUAAUUCAUGGAGGAGAAGAUUCACAGAGGCACCGGAAGGAUGACUUUUGGAUAUUAGAUAUUAGUGCCAUAUCAUUAGAAAGAGUGCAGCCAGCUAGAUUGAGCUCAAAGAGAUUGUUGGCAAACAUGUGGAGGAGACUUAAAGCUAAGGGCUAUAAAUCCAAGUCCAGAUCAUUUCACCAAGCUUGCGUGGAUAACUCAGGGCGUUAUUUAUAUGUGUAUGGUGGAAUGGUGGAUGGAUUACCUCAGCCUGCAGAAGGAGCCGGGCUUAGGUUUGAUGGAGAUCUGUUUCUGGUGGAGCUGGUGCUUCAGCUGUAAAAAAAGAAGUUAGAGCCCUAUUGUAAAUAUUUCCAUCAAAGGUAUGGUACUGCACUGAAGUCUUGUACAUUCACCUUCUCAAUUAGCACCUCCCCUGUUAGUGUAUGUGUUUCAUGGACAUGGACAAAUAUUACGAAAUAAAAUACAUGUCCCAGACUUCCAGUGUGCUGUCCCCUGAUGGCUUCUUUACCAUGAAACAUGAAUCACUGGUUCAGGGCACCAAUGGUUUUAGAGUCGCAUAUAUAUUUGAUGAACUGUUUCUCAACACUUGGUUGGAGAGGAUCUCACUUACAGUUGUUACACUAAAAUUAACUGAUCAUAAUUCAAAAUUAUAUAAGAUUCAUCAAAAUUUUAUAUGAAGCCUAGAGGUAUAGCCAGGGCAGGUAGAUGUCUCGGUCCCUCAAAAAUUUUAACAAUCUUAUACAAGAGUGCCUGGCCCGACCUAUUACAA